CACAGCCGCAGGUCAAUGUCGAAUUAAAUUUAUAACGCCACGUCGGUUUGUUGUUGCAAACUCCCGUAGUCGUCAACAUAUCGACACGCCGUACUGCGCCCACAUUCUACGGAUUUUAUCGGGAUUUUCGUUUUGCUCGUCAAGAACGAUCGAGAUAAGAGCCGAUAAAAAAGUUGAAUAAAUAAAAUCCUCAAGAUGUUGAAAUCCGCAAUUUCACCGGGAUUCUCUCCUACCGGAGAUGGCGGAGGCGUUCAAGGGCGAAGAAUAAUUCGUUUGACCAUUGACCAGGAGGCUGUUCUGCAGGAACAAUUCAACAGGUGUCCCAGGGCUCCCCAUACUGCAGAUAUCGUUCUUCUAGCUGCGGAAACUGGUCUUUCGGAAGCGGAUGUUCAGGGCUGGUACGCGGUACGGCUGGGCCAAUGGAGGAAGGAACAAGGACUGGGUGGAAAUCUCCACUUCAGCAACUGAUUUCGUUCAUACAUAUUCACCGCAAUAUGUGUGAAUGCGUCUACCUGCGUAAUAUUAAUAAUAACAAUAAUAAUAAUAUUAAUAAUUAUAAUGAUAAUAAUAAUAACAUCGAACAUGAUAAUAAUAUAAUCUGCAGUGCAAAGCAUAAUUGAUUAGGAUAUCUGUUGAUGAGGCAAAACGCGACGCCCAUAAGCACAGAUUUUGUUUUCGAGUCCCUUGAUAUUUCAAAAAUUGACCAUAAUAAAAAAAUAACGAUAAUAUGAUUAAUUUUACAGGCAGCUCAACAAAAUUGACAAAUUGUAAUAGUAUACAUAAUUGAUUGCUUCACUUCUUCGGUAAUGAAUAUUGUACAUAUUAUAUAUAUUAGUUAUGAAAUAUAUUUUUGAGUAAUUAAAAA